AGAGCACACCUACAAACAAAUCACACGCACCAUCGACCUCGAGUGUUCGACGACACCCACAACGUGGCGCAAGCGGCGAGAACCGUAAGCAACAUGGACUUCGCCGGCGAAAUGGACGACUUCGCCCUGGAGAUCAUCCGGGAGCACCUCCUCGGCGGCGACGGCAGUACUACUACUGCCGUCGUCCCGGCGACUGCUGCUGAUAAUAACCAUGAAUUCCCCGAUGGUGGCGUCACCUUCCCCGUGCCGCAGCCACCUUCCGCGGCGCCUGAACCGGCGUACCUACAGCCCGCCAUGUCGUUCUUCCCGCAGGAGGAGCAGCUGCAAGGCCGUCCUUACGCUUACACGGACCUAACGCAGGAGUACGUGAACUCCUCCCCUGCGGGGGCCGACAUGGGCGAGGUGGUCACGUUCCGGGCGCCGGAGCCAGUGAUGAUACAGUUCGGCGGCGAGCCGUCUCCCGUGGCUACGACCGCGAGGGCGCCGCCGUCUUCGCUGACCAUCUCCCUGCCCCGAAGCAGCGGUGGCUCGUUCGGGUGGCCGCCGCGGGCUCAGCAGGCUGCUGCUGCCGCGGCAGGAGCAGCGGCAGCACCGGACUGCCAGGACUUUCGCAAGUACCGCGGCGUGAGGCAGCGCCCGUGGGGCAAGUUCGCGGCGGAGAUCCGCGACCCGAAGCGGCGGGGCUCGCGCGUGUGGCUCGGGACUUACGACACCUCCGUGGAAGCCGCCCGGGCCUACGACCGCGCCGCGUUCCGGAUGCGCGGCGCCAAGGCGAUCCUCAACUUCCCCAACGAGGUCGGCACCCGCGGCGCCGAGCUCUGGGCUCCCCCGCCGCCUCCGGCCCCGACAUCGCAAGCUGCAACCGGGACGACGAACAAACGGAAGAGAUCGCAGGAUCAGGAGGAGUACUGCUACCCCGAAGUGGAGGCGGCAAACAAGGCCGUGAAGACCGAGGCGGCGCCGUCGCCGUCAGCGGACACGCCCUCGUCCGUGUCGCGGGAGAUGUCGACGGGGACGGCGUGCUCGACGGUGACGUCGGCGGCCACGUCAGAGGGGGGUUUUCCUCCCCUGACGCCGUCGAGCUCGGGGUGGGAGCAGUACUGGGAGGCGCUGCUCGGUGGCAUGCCGCUGCUCUCGCCGCUGUCGCCGCACCCGGCCUUGGGCUUCCCGCAGCUCACCGUUAGUUAAUUCAGAAUGAGAAUCGCCGGUUAGUGUGGUUGAUCGAGGUGGUGGGGUUCACCAAUCCGUAACCAAUAAGCAGGUUAGAGCUUCAUAGACCUAUGUGUCCGGGACACUUGUUUAGAGCUUCAUAGACCUAUGCGUGCGUGGUUGCAAGGAAACAUGGAUAUAGAUCGAUCGAUGCUUGUAAAGAAUAAGCAACGGAUGGGGCAGCUCGUUUGUUUAUGUUACUGUAAAUUUAUUGGAGUUCAAUUUGUGCA